UAGUCAUAAUAACCAUCGUACGUGUGCUGGCGUGUAUAUGCCGUGAAGAAGGCAAUAGUACUACAGAAGCAGGUGGUGGUGCAAAUAACCAAGAGAAAAAGGAGAAGCGCGAGCAUGAGGUCACCAUUGAAUGCUGUGGUGGUGGUUGCGGUGGAGAUGGUGGUGACGGUGGUGGCUGUGGUGGUGGUUGUGGAGGAGGUGACUGA